GAGUCUGGCGCCCGUAGACCCGCACGCCUCAACUGGCAAAUAAGACUUGAUGUCACCUGGUUUCAGCUACAAGUGAGCUCGAGUAAAAAUGGCAGGGAAGCGCGGCCUAAAACGGAAGUUCGAGGAAAGCGCGCGGCGCGACUUGGCAACUUGUCGCCGGCUUCCGAACGUGGGACUGAGUAGAAAUCGGUUCCGUUUACUUGACUUGCCAACAGGGCUGCGCACAACGCGCGCCCGCCGAUUCCUUAUUGAGUGUGAUUGGCCCCAUGGGGGUGGCGCUGAACAAGCGGAAUCCAGGCGCUCAAGACUUCCUGUACACAUCACCCCUAAAGUUGUCUUGACACAUUAUCGAUAUAGCAAUUGUUCCAGAUCCCCGCACACAACAGAGUGACCUGCAGCAAUUUCCAGCGGCGCAACAGCAUCCUUCGGGUGGUACCCGGUAGCAAUAAGCGCUGCCCGACUUCUCGUGACUCGGCGGACGUAGCAGGCCGUCAGGACGGGGCCACCCAAGAACAAUGGCCACGAUGACUCAGUGGGCGCUGCUCGUUGUAUGCGCAAGCUGCUGCGGCGCUCUCCUGUCCGCUAUGCCGGCUGCGGCUAGCUCCGUCCUCGCUGCUCAAGAUGCGGGCGUCCAGCAGCCUCGGGGCAACAGGAGCCUGCGCGGAGGGGCGGCGGCACAGCCGCCGCCUGCUCCCACGUACGUGUACGCAUGGGCAGGGCCCAAGGACCCCUCUCUGGGCGGAAAGGACUCCCUCUUUGUGAUCUCGCUCGCGGGCAAAGAGUACGGCAAGGUGGUGACUGUCGUACCCACGCCGUACGCUGGGCUGGAGCCGCACCACUGCAGCCUGUCCGUGGACCGCCGUACACUGGCAUGCGGCGGUCUGUUCGCUGCCCUGGCUAACGGCCCGGGAAUUUUGUUCUUCAACGUUAGCAGCAACCCGCGCGCUCCCACGCUGAUUGACCCCGCGACCGUUACCCAGCCCCGGUUUGGCGCCUUUGUGGACGAGUUCGUUCCCACCCCCGAUGGCGGCUUCCUGGUCACGCUGAUGGGAAGUCCCACGGGCGGUUCCCCCGGGCGCAUCGCGCGCUACAACGCGGCGCGCCAGCUGGUGGGCGAGUACCCGGACCCCGCCAAGUUCCCCGACGCCGUCACCCUGCCCAGCUUCAACCCCCACGGCAUGGGUGUGAGCUGGGGCCACAAGAUCGCGCUGUCAGUUGAUUACCUCGAGCCCGCAUCCACCCUGAACGGCCAGGUCAUCCAGAAGCGCUCCACGUUGCGCUUGUGGAACACCUCCAACUGGAGCGCCAUCAUGGAGACGAUUGACGGCUCGGGCGCCGAGGGCCAUAUCAAUGGUCCCAUGGACGCCGUCGCGAUCGGUGACACGGGCACGUUCCUGUUUGGCGGCGGCAACGGAUACAUCUACUACCUGGACGGAAGGGGCCCGGCUACUCCUCAUUCGCCCAAGCUCGUGUGGGACCUGCUGGGUGGCGCCAUGGACCGCACCAGUUACGGAUGCAUCCUGUACUCGUUCCGCAACGGCACACGCCUGCUGGCGUCCGCCUUCGUGCGCGACAUGGUCCAGCUGCUUGACACGACCAACCCCCUCAAGCCAAAGCUGUUGGAUACGCUGCAGAUGCCCAAGGGCGCGGGCGGUCACGUUGUGCGGCUGAGCGCGGACGAGAGCAUGGGCGCCGUGACCACAUACUUCCUGGAUGAGGGCGCUGUGGGCCAGGUGCAUUUCGAGGGUGACAUGACUGUGCGCCUGUUCAAGCUAAACGCAAAGGCAACCAAGAUCACCAUCAACAAGCCCGUCAAGUCUGUGUUGGACUUUAAGAAGAAAAUGGGCGCCCAGGGAGCGUUCCGGCCCCAUGGCGUCGCGUUCUAUUGAAAACCUUGUGAUACCUCAUCAUAGGUUUGCUCGGGAAAGGGCGGCGUCAUGUGAAGUCGCCCACGUACGGACCUCAAUCGUAUGCCUUGCAUUCAUCAACCACUUCACUGGCACUGCAAAUUCUUGUGCUCAGCGGAGUAUCAAGUGUUAAUAAGGCGGUGCUGAACUGCUGUCUUCGUAAACCUCAUCCAAUGAUCGGCCAUUCAUGUAUGGGGUCGAGCGUAGAGUAAUCGAAGGGGUGCGGGCAAGGCUGACAGAUAAUCGAAGCCGACGCAGGAAGGGCGGAUGGAUUCACACAAAGGUCUGGAGUGAGUGCGUGUGUUGGAGAGCACAAGGACAACAAAGCGCAAAGACAGUGCUGUAUGCGAUGCAGCAACGCGACGGUUUACGCAUGUUGCCUGAAGUUACCUCGGGGAGUACGGUAGUCGAAACCGUUCCCGAGUAAUACUAAGACAUGCUGGGGACUGAAGGCGGUGUGUUGUGUGUGUGUAUAUGUGUGUGUGUGUGUGUGUGUGUGUGUGCGCGCGCGCGAUGGGACCUGGCAAGGGGCAGGUGUAGUCGUGUGCAGUCCCAUGGCUGAUAUGGCUGAGCCCCGAGAAACAAGUUACGUGCAACCCAGGCGCC